AUGGGCCAACGCGAAGAAGUGAAAAAGGUCUUUAAGAUCAAUGUGACCAUUGAGGAAGAAUUACUCGAAUAUGAUGAUGUCGAUACCAACAUUGAUACUGACAUGGCCAAUACAGGGAAUGACAACAACGAAAUUUCUGUAAAGAAAGUAUUGACGAUGGAGGAUUUCUUGGAUAGACAAUCCUCAAGUGAACAUGUAAACGCAUGUCUGAUAUACAAUGUAUGGGUGUGA